UUAUUCAAAAACUGCUUUGAGCGGUGACUUCUUCAAAGGCAAGUGUCUGACGCAGCAGCAGCAACAGCAACAGCAUAGUCGGACGCUAUUACCGGGCACUCCAUCAGGCGGGUCAUCACGAUGGUGGACCAUGAAAAGACAGAUGCCAGGGGGUUCUGGUUGUUCACCCUUUCCUUACGGACAUUCGUGGCGGCUGAUGGUAGAGGCAAGGAAACGAUCGGGCUUUGCGGAGCUCCUGUUCAGCAAACAGAAGGAGGCGGAAGAGGAGAAGAAGAAGAAGAAGCGCCUUCAGCAAGGCCAAGUCUCUCGGAAGCUUCAUGUUCCAAAGCACAUCGAGCGCCCUCCCUAUGCCGAGUCGGGCGUCAGUCCGCCGUGGGAUGACUCUUUCCAAAUUCAUGAUGAAGCGGCUGUCCAACGGAUGAGAGCAUCCGGCAAGCUGGCCGCGGAGGUGAGGGAUUACGCGGGGACCCUUGUCAAGCCCGGCAUUACGACGGAUGAGAUCGACAAAGCCGUCCAUAAGAUGAUCAUUGACGCAGGUGCAUAUCCAUCUCCUUUGAAUUACGGCAAGUUCCCGAAAAGCGUAUGCACGUCGGUUAACGAAUGCAUCUGUCACGGUAUUCCGGACUCGCGUCCACUCGAAGACGGCGACAUUAUAAACAUUGACGUCACUGUGUACCUUAACGGAUACCACGGCGAUACUUCGCGGACCUUCUUAGUCGGAAAUGUCACGCCAGAGGUCCAGCAACUUGUCAGAGUCACGAAGGAAGCCCUCGACAAGGCGAUCGCGAUCUGCAGCCCAGGUGUGGAGUUCAAGAAGAUUGGCAAAACCAUUCACGAUUAUGCGGAUCGAUACAAGUAUGGCGUUGUCAGGCAUUUUGUGGGGCAUGGAAUUGGGAGGAUGUUCCAUUCGGGUCCGGCUAUCAUGCAUCAUCGCAAUAACGGACCUGGGGUAAUGCUUCCUGGUAUGACAUUUACGAUUGAGCCCAUGCUAACAAUUGGUAGCAUCGAAGAAGUGAUGUGGGACGACAAUUGGACAGUGGUGACGGCAGAUGGCAGCUUCUCAGCACAGUUUGAGCACACACUCCUGAUUACAGAAACAGGCGUAGAGAUCCUGACAGCUCCCUAAGAGGAAGCCACCACCAGCUGAUUCUGUGUGUGUGUGUGUGUGUGUGUGUGUGUGUGUGUGUGUGUGUGUGUGUGAUGUUUUAAGUAUAUUACAAACCCCAGCUGUCAACUUCACACCAAGACAUGGUUUUUCCCAGGGACUAGACUCAACAUGACCUCCCUAAGAUGCGUUCCAAGUUCCAACACUUCGCAGUCAAGCGCACUUACAAGCAAAAGACGACGAGUGUCCACAACACAGAUACUAAAGAUACAACGGCUGGAGGGCACGGGGGAGGCGGGAGGGCAGACCAUACACAGGCACACCAAACAGGGGCAAGGCAACAACCAACAAGCAAGAAAAAAAUACAAGUCCCAAACAACAAACCACCGGGGAAAAAAAAAACAAAAAAAAAACACCAUGAUGAUAGAUUGUUUCGUCGGAGUUGCACCGACUCAUCAGGAGGCUGAACCCUUGACAAUCUGCGGAAUCUCCGUAUUUGAUGGUUUGGGUCAUGAACCCUUUGACGCUUGUUGAAGGCAGACUGUCCCCAAAAGGAACAUAGCAGCGGGCAGCAACCCUGUGGACCACCAGGCAACACGGUAGAGGCAACACGGCAGCACAACGCCAAAAACAACUGCAAGGAACGAGAUGGCACGCAGGACAUGCAGCGCGGCAACCGUGUAGUGAAGCACAAGGCAACACAAGCAAGGCAACAGCGCUGCAAGGGACGACAGGGCGAGCGGACCAGCAACUCGACAACUGUGGAGCGAAGCACAAGGCACCCGCAACAAGGCAACCAUCCAACAAGGCCCGCAAGCAGCAAACAUGGAAGGCACGGGCAGCGGAAGGGCAGCAAGGCAGCGGAGCAGCGAAUCGCAAGGAAAAACCAACAACAAGGCCACACCACAGAGCGAACACAUCAACCUGCAAAGAACCACAUGCGAAGCAAGCGGGACAGGCAGCAGGGCAGCGGCGGAGCGCAGACGAGGCCGUCCACACCUCCAACACGGAGCAAAGCGGCACAUAAUCUACUGACAUCAUGAUUGUCCCACCACCCACUGAGCCAGGGAGACACUCCGACGAGCAUCCGUCAUCACCCACAGGCAACACAGACACCCCGAACUGACCGGCCUCCCUAACAGUGCAGUAGGCACUCCAGACGUGGAACCACCGACUGUUUGGCACUACUUAAGGGUGCUCAGUUGGGUAAGCAUAAAUACUUAGAAAAAUAUCAGAGGGAGGACAGACAAAAAAUAUCAGAGGGAGGACAGACAACAAGAGGAAAACAGACAAACAUAAAACUGAUUGUGUGUGUGUGUGUGUGUGUGUGUGUGUGUGUGUGUGUGAGAGAGAGAGAGAGAGAGAGAGAGAGAGAGAGAGAGAGAGAGAGAGAGAGAGAGAGAGAGAGAGAGAGAGAGAGAGAGGGAGAGCGGGGGAGAGAGAGAGAGAGAGAGAGAGAGAGAGAGAGAGAGAGAGAGAGAGAGAGAGAGAGAGAGAGAGAGAGAGAGAGAGAGAGAGAGAGAGAGAUUCCACUGUAGCUCUUCCAUUGUGAUAUUUAUCUUACUUGAAGAGUAUGCUCCUGCACAUCUUUUUUUGUUUUUUUGAAGUUUUUCCCUUUGGUUUAUUCGAAUUUCUGUAGUGUAUCAGCCCAGGCAAGUUGUAUAACAGUCAUUGUAGCAGUUUCAUUUUCAGGCAUUGCAAGCAACUUCAUUUUUGCAAACCCUUUCGAACCCCAUUGUAUAAUUUGUUAAACAUUUCCAAUUU